AUGGGUGCCACUAUCCCGUACGGGUGUCACAUUGGUCCGUCUCGAGACAACCACUGCUACACGCCCGCUACACGCUCAUUACACUCCAGCUACACACCCACUCCAUACCAGCUACACGCCAGCUACACGCUCGCUACAGGCCCACUACACGCCUGCUACAGGCUCACUACACGCCCGCUACAGGCCCACUACACGCCCGCUACACGCCCACUACACGCCCGCUACAGGCCCACUACACACCAGCUACACGCCCACUACACGCCCGCUACAGGCCCACUACACACCAGCUACACGCCCACUACAGGCCCACUACACGACAGCUACACGCUCGCUACAGGUGAUGCUGUGUGGGUGACAUUGGCUCCUAAACACUGUGCUGGUUCCCGACAGUCUCCCAUCGACAUCGUUUCCGAAAAGGCCACGUAUGACAGGAGGCUGACAGCGUUUACUUUCAACAACUUCAGCAGCAAAACGGCCCUGAGCAAGAUCGAGAACACAGGGAACACGGUGAAGGUGACGUUGGCCAGUGGUGUGAGCGUGUCCGGAGGGGGGCUGUCCGAACUGUACGACGGUGUGCAGUUCCACCUCCACUGGGGCAACGGCUCCUCUGUCCCGGGCUCUGAACACACCGUGAACAGUAAGCGCUACGCUAUGGAGCUUCACAUUCUCCAUCUCAAGUCUUCUCACAACGGGAACAUAACGUCAGCUGUGGCGGAUUCAAGCGGCGCGGUGGCUCUGGGAUUCCUCAUUGAAGCCUAUGAUAACACAACCGGAGAACCUGCAGCAUGGAAGACUCUCACGUCCUACCUCUCCAAAAUUACAGAAAAAGGACAGUCCGCCCCUCUGUCGGAGAGCCUGUCCCUGGACGACCUUCUGCCUGGAGUGGACCGUACCAAGUAUUACCGAUACCUGGGGUCCCUCACCACCCCCAACUGUGACGAGGCAGUGGUCUGGACCGUGUUCAAGGACCCAGUCAAAGUCAGCAAAGAUCUGAUUGACCUUUUCGCCAAAACAGUUCGCACUGGAAACAGCACAUCGCCGCACAUGGUGAACGUCUACAGAGGGAUCCAGCCCAAGCAGCCGGUCACCCACAGCUCCUGCCCCAAGACGAGCGCCUCCUCUGGACUCCUCUUUUUUGCUCUGGCUCUGUGGAUGAGUUCAUGUUUUCAUAAGGUGUAG